UUAGGGCUAAACUUUGAAUUUAACACAACAAAUAUUUCAAUUAUAAAAAUCCAAAUCCGCACUGAAAGGAGAACUGGCGCGCUUGCUCUCUCUUAUUUCGUGCGCUUCAGAGUUGUCGCUUCGUUUCUCAGCAAUUAGCUUCUGAAUUCAAUCAGUUGUGUUUUUGCAGAAUAUGGAUACAUCAAAUCCUGCGGCGUUUGUCAAUGCAGAACUGUUGCAUUUUUAUGUUGGGAGAAGGGUUCGAGCACUGAUGCAGGUUAUACGGUCUGAUGGUGGAAUUGUAAUUGGAAAAUCAACUGAUGAGAAGCAACUAGUUGUAAAAGGAUCACCCCCACCUGCUCCUCUUACAACUUUUGUAGAAGUUUUUGGUAUUGUUAAUAAUGAUAAGUCAAUUAGUCCCGAGAUAUGGACCAAUUUUGGUGAUGCCGUUGAUAUGUUCACCUACAAUAAGCUUUGUCAGCUUGCAUAUGGAGAAUAUAAGCACUUGUUCCUGUGAGUUAUAACAAGCUUAUCUGAUGAUACGAAGGCCUCUUUAUCAUUAUGAGUAGAAAAUGAUUCUUCUAGUUUGUAUAUUUUUCUUGCACAUGUUUCUUCUUCGUGAUUGCUAUAAUUGUUUCUUGAGAACAAUAUUCUUGAGACUUGGCUAAGUCAUUUUCGUUAAUCAGAGAACUUUUUCAGUUCAUAUAAGGAUAUAGCCUGGGACAUUAUGAAUCUCUUUGAGCAUUCUUGAUUUUAGUUUGUUA